AUGACUAUUAAACAAAAGGUUUUAUUUUUGGAGGUGCCCAAUAGAGAAGUGCUUGAACACUUUGAAAAGUUGUUUGAUUGCAUAUAUUACGAACUAACAACAAUUGAACAAUGUCUAAUUGAUUUCCAAACUAAAUUCAAAGAUAUUGAAGCCAUAUAUUGUGGAUGGCCAGGAUUCGCUCCCCUUGGUGGAUUUAAAGGUAAAUUGGUUGAAUUUGCACCCAAGAGUUUAAAAAUUGUUACAACUUGUUCUAUUGGAUAUGAUCAUUUUGACGUACAAGCAAUGACAAACAAAAACAUUGUUUUGACGAAUAGCCCAUCAACUAUGGCGUAUGAUGCAGUUGCUGAUUUGGUGCUUUAUAAUGCCAUUGCCAGUUUCAGAAAUUUCAAAAUAUAUGAACAGAAUUUCAAUAAAGAUCGAUAUACACAGACAGGUAUGUUGACCAAAUCGUUAGUGUCGGCAAAAUUUGAUCAAAAAAUAGGUGCUGCGGUAUCAACGCCGGUUUUGGGGUCAUCGUAUGGGAAAUCUUGUUGUCAACGAGCCAAUUUAUCACCUAGAAAUCAUCAUGUUGUAAUUGUUGGGUUUGGUCAUAUUGGUCAAGCGAUCGCUGCUAGAUUGUCAUCAGUUGGAAUGGUUAUCCACUACGUCAAGCGAAACAAGUUGAGUGCUGAAGAGGAGAGAAAACUUGGUUUUCCAACGACUUUUCACAGGAAUCUAUCCGAUACUACAAGUUUUGCAGACUUGGUAGUAAUUGCAUGUCCAGGAACACCAUCUACUCGACAUAUGGUAAAUGAUGAAUUAAUAAACAAUAUGGCAAAGCAAUUUAGAAUCAUCAAUGUUGGUAGAGGAUUCGUAGUUGAUGAAAAUUCUUUGGUUAAAGGUUUAAAAAGUGGUAAGGUUUUAUUUGCAGGAUUGGAUGUGUUUGAAGAAGAGCCACGUGUACAUCCUGAGUUACUUGAUAGACAGGAUGUUGUAUUAACGCCCCAUAUCGGUUCUGCAUCGACUGAGAAUUAUAAUUAUACCGCCAUUACUUGCCUUGAAAACAUUGAAGCUGUUUUACUUAAUUUCGAGAGGCCCAUUACCAGAGUCAAUUGA